AGAGGAUUUUUAACUUAUCCAAAGAUCAGUCUUCUUUAAAUGUGAGUGGUCUAGCUCCAGGUGUGGAGUACACAGUGCAGAUGAUAGUUGUGGCAUUGCGUGUUCACAGCACGCCUACCAGUGGCAGUUCCGAACAAAACCAGAUACACCUCAGUUUGUCACCAUAGAAACCAAGGAAGAUACAGUAAUGGCUACAGUGAAUGUUUCUGGGAAUGGCAUGUAUGACAGCAUUCAGGCAGAACUGUUAGAGACCAAAGAAAUGAAGACAGCGAACACUAAAGGAGAAGUGACCUUCAGCAGAUUGGUGCCUGGCAUGCAAUAUACCCUUCUUGCUUUUACAAAAAGUGGCAACCAAAACAGCUCUUCAUUACAGCAUAUCUUCUUCACAAAACCGCGGUCACCACGCAGUCUUAGUGUGGUGGUUGUAAGCUCAAGGGUGCUGAACAUAAGUUGGGAGGCACCUGAUGUUGGGGGUGUUGACAACUACACUGUCACCCUCACACCAUCACAUGGCACGGAAACACCAAGAGUGCAUGUGGUCGUAGGUCUCACCUAUUCUUUUGACAAGGCUUUUCCUGGAGAGACCUACAACGUAUCUGUGACUGCUAACAAGGGAUCAGAAACCAGCAUAGCUGUUACUGGACAGAACACAACAACUCCUCUACCACUGACACAUAUACGUGUGUCACUAAGGAGCACAAGUUUUGUCACUGUCACCUGGGACGCUCCCAGUGGCUCAGUCUUUGAUGGUUUUGCUUAUGAUUUUCCUCGCUUUAAUGAGUCCUUGGUGAGACUACCACCUGUUCCAUUGUCCAAGAUGUUUGAGUCACUUUCAGCAGAGAGCAAUUACACUGUGAUCUUCUACGUCACAAGUAACAGUGCUGCUGGUCUUGUGCUCUACAGUCUGCCUACAGUUUUCACCUUCUCAACAUAUCCAGAAUCUGUUGCUGCUCUGCAGAAAGUUGAGGCUACUGCAGAGUCAAUAACAGUCAACUGGACAGCACCCACAUCAGGCAAUUUCAGCAGCUACCAGCUGGGGAUCAACCCUACUGAUUCUCCUCAGUCUAUAAUACAAGUGCCGCUGCAUCGUACUCAGCACACAUUUGAAGGUUUGAAGCCAGGCAAGAAUUACACAGUUGCUAUCAGAACUAUUAUUGGUCAAACCAACUUUGGUCAAAUUGUUCGCCUACAAGCUGUGACCAAGCCACUACCAGUGAUGGAUCUGAAAGUAAAUACAGUUAACUCACAGUCUUUGAAUGUUCGGUGGGCUGUCAACGGAACAAGUGAACAGAACAGCUUUACAGUGCUGCAGGAGAAAGAUGGUGUCAGUAGAAGUAUAAACAUUAAUGCCAGCAGUGGACAGAUAGUAUAUGAAGUGCCAUUGACUCAGCUGCUGGCUGGCUACACGUACAGUGUUACUGUCAUUGCUUCUCGGACAAUUGAUACAGACCUAGAGGACAGCGAGGCAGUGGUCACAGAGGGUACCACAAAUCCACUGCCAGUGCGGAACCUAAUAGUGACAGUCAGUAGUUCAAUGAUCACCGUGACUUGGGUACCUGGGAUUAAUAGCAGACAAGACAUUUAUACCAUCAAGUAUCGCCCGUUGUUAGAAAAGCCUGAUGCUGUGUGGCUGGAACAAACAGCUGUAACCAAUGCUACUCAAUUCAUUGCAUUUCCUGGUGAAGAAUACCAGCUGAGCGUUAUUGCUAAAAGCAAGUUCUAUUCCAGUGAUCCGACCAAUGCUUCAGUUAUUGUUGCACCUUUGGGUCCUGUGCUUUUAUUAAAGAAAGAACAGACUACUACAUCCAGCGUAACAGUCACCUGGAAUUAUGAGUCUUCGUUCACUUUCACCCAGAUGUGGUCCCUGAGGUACUACAACACUAGCAGCAAAUGGACAUCUGACAUGGUUAACAUAACACGCUCUAAUGCUACUACCUACAGCCAUGUCCUUUCUGGCUUGAUGCCAGGGGUUACAUACACAGUGGAGCUUGUGGCUGUUGUAAAGGGGGUGACAUCAACUCCAGUGCAGCUGAAUGCUACAGCCAAGCCUGUAAUCAACACAGUUAUGAAUGAAAUCAAGAAAUUCACAACACAGUCACAGUUCGCUGUCCAGUACACUGUAACUUACACUGAUGUCUUUGACUUUUUUGAAUUCACCCUCCAAAAUGAAACAGAUACAUCUCUAGUUCAGAAGGACAAGCUGAAUUCUAACCAAACUGCUGUUUUCUCUGGACUUCAGAGUGGAAGGGUAUACACUGUUGAAGCUGUGACCAUUAGCAGUAAGGUGCGCAGUGACCCGAUAUCAAUGCAGAUUGUUACAGUUCCUGUGGAAGUGGAAGUGAGUUUUGAGAGUAAGGCUGAAACCAUCAGCGUGCAGCUGGGCAAACAGAAGGACUUUGCCACUGGAUACAGAGUCUUCUGCACCACACCUAGUACUUCCUCCUGUGGCAACUUUGACUGUGGACAGUACACAAAGAAGCAUUCUUGUGAGAAACUUACAGGCAUAUACCAACUACAGUAUCACUCUCCCUCAGCUGUGAACUCAUUUAAAGCAGUGGAGAAUGGGUUUCGGUCUGUGCUGUUGUCAUGGAUGCCACCUUCACAUCUCAAUGGACAUCUGCGUCAGUAUAUUGUAGAAUACAGUGGAUCACAUCCCUCUGGUGGACAGGAUUUGGGAAACAGUCAAGCUUUUCCUGAAACUUCAAGUUUUCUAAGUCUAGACAGUCUUAAAGCAGGGUACACCUAUGUUUUCAAGAUACAGGCAGUAACUGUAGCUCCAAGUCCGUCUGUUGAAGUAAAACUAGAAUUGUCUACAGAUAAGCCCUUGUUUAAAGCUGGAAUGACAAGGGAGACUGGCAAACCUGUGCCGCCAGCAGAGGGUAGUGCCAUGACAGAGAACACCAUCUCUGUGCAGUUGAAUAAUGUCUUCUCCGAUGACAAUGGACCUGUUGUGGCAUAUGCAGUCAUUGUGUCACUUGACAGCAGUCAGCAGGAUAGUCGGCCUGUUUUGCCCAGUUGGAAGGAUACUCAGGAUGAUUCUUCCCAUGUAGUUUAUCAGGCAACAAGUAACUGCUCUGAUCUGUUCCACUCUCAUUCUUCAUGCGGAAAAUCUUCAUCUCGUCAUGUGCGGGCAGUCUCUGAUGUAGACUUUGUGGUUUUCACAGUGGGAUCACAGUCAGCUGAAGAAUGCAAAGCUUUAAAGUUUUGCAAUGGUCCUCUUAAGGCAGGAACAGAUUACUACAUUAAACUAAGGGCAUUUACUGCUGCUGGCUUUACAGACACAGCUUACUCUGCCAAAGUUAAGACAGUUGACUCUGCCAAGAGCUCUGCUGUAACAGUAGCAGUUGUAGUGGUGAUCCUCAUCCUCGUUACAGUAGUGGUUGCAGUGGUUGUCACAUUUUUUGUUGUACGACACAAACGGCGCCCCAAGAAAGCCACCAAGUACAGACCAGCACAUUCAUCUCGGCCAUUCUCAGAGGGAGCUAACCUUAAACGCUUUAGUCGCCCAGUGAGGCUGGUAGAUUUUCCAGAACAUGUGCAAAGAAUGGGAGCUGAUUCAGACUUCAAGUAUGCUGAGGAAUAUGAGGAUCUCAAAGAAGUUGGACGAGACCAACCGUGCUAUGCAGCAGAACUCCCUGCCAACCGCCCCAAGAACCGAUUCACCAACAUCCUGCCUUACGACCAUUCGCGGGUCAAGUUGCUACCAACAGAUGAUGAGGAAGGAAGUGACUAUAUCAAUGCCAAUUAUAUGCCUGGCUACAAUUCCAAGAGAGAAUACAUUGCGACACAAGGCCCACUGCCGGCCACUCGAGAUGACUUCUGGCGUAUGGUGUGGGAGCAGAACUCCUGUAACAUCGUCAUGUUGACACGCUGCAUGGAGAAGGGAAGGGAAAAGAGUGAUCAUUACUGGCCCACUGACUCCGAGCCAAAAUAUUAUGGGGAUCUGCAGGUGGUUGUGCUUCAUGAAACACAUUUACCAGACUGGACAAUAACAGAGUUCAGAGUCUGUCAUGGAGAUAGCUGCAGACAGAUUCGACAUUUCCAUUACAAAGCUUGGCCAGAUUUUGGAGUGCCAAAGCAUCAUACUUCUCUAAUACGAUUUGUUCGUACUGUGAGAGACAAACUGAUUAAGGAUGGUGGCCCAAUCGUAACUCAUUGCAGUGCGGGCGUUGGGAGAUCAGGAACAUUCAUUGUUUUGGAUCACGUCCUACAACUUAUUAAAGAAAAAGAGGAAGUGGACAUAUUUAACAUUGUUUACAAUCUUCGGCGGGAGCGUGUCCUCAUGGUGCAGACAGAGCAACAGUAUAAGUUUAUCCACGAAUGCCUAGCAUGUGUUUUGGAAGGACGUGAAGAUGAGGCCAUAUACGCCAACAUUGGACGAAUAAACAUUGGCUUUGAAGGUGACAUGGAGAAAAUGUCCUGGUCCUCUGAUUUGCUCACAAGACCCUCUCUCCUCCUCCUUGAUGACGAAGGCAUUAACGUGGAGGUUCCGACCUGAAGUUCCCAAGCAGCUGAAGAUUGUUGUGAUCUUUAUGUCUGCAAGUGUUCUUCAGUCCUCUGAGUUGAUUUUGAACUUAAAGAUUUCAGUAUUUGCUAUGAAAUGCAACCAAAAUGUAAUAUUUAGAGAUUCUUAAAAGUAAAAUUGCCAGCAGUGUUAACAGUAUAGGGAAUAUGAGUUGGAUUUUUUGGAGCAAAGAUAAAUAUUACCGUUUGUGACAGCACGUUGUUUUAGGUGUUGCUAUGCUCUAUAAUUUGUCCAAAAUCAUAACAAAAAUUGUUUCUGAGAACAUAUGGAGAGACUAUUGGUCAGUGACCCCUUUGUGUGGUGUAUGGCUGCAUGCAUAGAUACUAAAACAAAGCAUUUUGACAGAUAUGCUUUAACAGUAAAUCCACUGGCUUUAAAUUUAUGAUUUAUAAUUAACAGAUUAAUACAUAAUAGUAAACUACUAGUUACCAUAUUUUGAAGACAACUCAAACUUAGGAAUCACGAAUUGCAAGUUGAGGGCAGAAGCUAAAAAUGUGAAAAUGUUUGUGCUGGAUAAAUUAUGGAAUAAAUGAUAAAGAAAAUCAUAUUCAAUUGUAAAUGAAAACUUUGCAGCACAUACAUUAGUUUUUUUAAAACCCAAUGUUAUCUUUAGUAGAUGAUUAAAUGGUGAGAGACAAAGAUUUCUAUCUUUGAGACAGAUCCAGCCAUGUAAUUGUGAGACUGUCAGACAUCCAUGUCUCAGAAAGUUUCUUCAUGGAGAUUUUACAUAAUCUAUUUGAGGUCUUUUUUUUCUGCAAGUGAUAGUGCAAUCAUUAAUGUUCCAGGAAUUGGCUUAUCGAAAGAUAUUUGUUGAUUUUAUAAGCUGUUGGUAUUGUGUUCAUUGUUGUAUGAGACUUGAAGAAAGUUUCCAGUCAGAUCUUUUGCGCUGAUGUACAUUCGCUUUCUAUUCAAGUUUUUGGUACCAGUGAAAAUGUUUUUCAAGUUUAUGUGCAUAUGCAUGGAAAUCAUGUGAACAUAUAAUUUCUGCUUGUGCCUUAUGUACAACUGGGGACAGCAAGCUGUCAGUAGAUUUUACAACCCAUUUUUACCUCUUUAUGAUUUUGAUGAAACUGUUGAAGAGUAGGUUUGUUUUGUACACUACCAAAGAACAGUGAAACAUUCCUUUUAAAAGUUGACUUUUGCAAUCGUUACUACACGCACAAACUUAAUCUGAAUGGUGUUAUGUGGUGAAACACUGCACACGUGUUGUCAAGUGUUUGCACAUUUGAAUGCAAGUGUUUUCUCAAGUAACAGAAGGUGAUUUGGGAAUAGAACAUAUCAAAAUAUUUUGGAUAAAGUACUUAAUUUUUUUUAAGGCAAAGAAAGUCAUUUUCAUUUCAGUCAUUUUUACUUUUUGAUGACAGAACAGUUCAUAGUAUAUUUUGUAUAUACCAUAAAAGGUGGGCUUAUUCAUCUGACCAAGACAAAUUUACAAUGCAGACUUGUGGCAUAAGUACACAUAAAGUGCUUACCAUCUUUAGUGUCACUGCCACAUUUUAUCUGUUUAUUUCACCUGAUCAUAGUUGUGCUGUUUAUGAGAGAUAAUCAAAUUCGUAAAACCUCUGUGUGCAUGAAGUGCAGGAACUCUAAAGCCAGUUGAAAACAUUUUAUAUUAGAAAAAUUGUGCAUAUACAUGGCCAGACAGAUUAAUUCAGGGUGCAUGAGAGUCUGCGCAAUAACAUGUCCAAGUAGGCUGUAAACACAAAUUUCAUUUUGUACUUAAAAAUGUUGGUAUUUGCUUUUUAAACUUUUUUCAAAGCACUAACACACAGUGUUAAAGCAAGUUGAAAAAAUUUUCUAUGAGAAAAAUUGUGCAUAUACAGAGCCAGAAAAAUUAAUCCAAGGUGCAUGAGGGUCUGCGCAAUAACAUGUUCAAUGGGGUGUAAAUACAAAUUUCAUUUUGUACUUAAAAAUGUUGGUAUUUGUUUCUUUUUUUAACACUGUACACAUUUUUGAAAACCAAGAAGAAUAGAUUUCCACUGCUUGGCUUCAAGUUUACUGCUGAAACUCAAAAAAAUUUAAUAAUAAUGAUAAAGUGAACCUAUAUAGUGCCAUAUCCCAGCCCUAUGGGCAAGCUCAUAGUGCUUUACAAAGAACAAUGAACAAGUCUUUAUUUAUGAGGGUAACAAAAUGAGCAAAAGUUAUGCUUUUUUACGUAUAGCCCUUGGACUAAUUAGUAGAAAUUAAAACAUUACAUUAAUUCAAAACAAGGUAAUAAAAACAGAGACAUUGUGAUGUGUACAAACAUGACGGUUGAUAUCUGAAUUGACAGUUUUUGUUUUAUUAUUAGCUAGAAUACUAUCAACAAAUGUACGAGUUUGCUUUGUCAGUAUGAUUAAGCUGGGUAGGACACCUCUGUAGGUUGUCAAAGGGUUUGGAAAAGGUGUUGUAGGAGUUCCACUUUGAAUUUUUACAGACUGGAUACCAUUGUUUGAUGGGGCAGAAGGUUGUUCCAAAGAACACUGCCAGAAUAUUUUAGGUUCGUCUUGAAUAGGCCAGUUUUCAGUAUGGGGAUAUCUAGUUUGAGAGAUCCUUUGAUGCUUAGUACUGACAUGCACAGGGCAAUGAAAAUAUUGUGACAAGAAUUUUGAUGAACUCUAGUGGGGUUAUUUCAUUUUUUAAAGCAUUCCAUCUUGUGUCAUCACUUUAAAAAGGUCACAGGUCAGAUCUUUUGUUUGGUUCAGUAGUGAUAUGGCACAUGUGAGUGAGAGAGGCCAUCAAUCAGCUCAACAGCAUGAGUGACACACAGUUGAUAGGUUCCAGAACAUGACAUACAGUUGAUAGACUCCAGUACAAGUCUUCUGUCACUGCUUGUACUACCUGAUUAUAAUCAAACUUUUUUUAGUAACUAUUUUCAGACAAUUGAAACAGUAAAUAAUGCUUCUCUGUAUAUUAUAUUUUGGCAAUGCACUUUUUUGUGGAUGGUGAUGGUUGUUUAAAAGAGUCAAAACUUUGUAUGUUUGCACCUGCUUUGAUAGAAACUUGCUGGUUUCCCCAUUACUAAUCAACAUAUUUUAAAAGCAUGGAAAAAAUCAGCUGUCGGUUGUAAAAUUUUCAAUUUGAUUCAGCUGGACUACGUAAAAUGUAUAAAAUGUUUACAAUUAUGGAGAGUACUUUCAGAAAGAAAUUUUUAUGUGAAUAAUAGUGGAUCAUUUUUUUUGAAGGUUAAACAUAUCUCUUUACAUUUUACAUAUUCAUAUAUCAUUUUCUAUCAAAUGCGAAACAUACUUCAAUGAAGUGCAUGAAAUGAAUGCCUAUGGUCUGGGGGUAAAAAUGAACUUUGACAGAUAUUGUUAGUUCUGACAUGACAAAAAAAAAAAAAAGACUUUAUAACAAGAGAUUUCAAUGAAGAUAUUUGUUCUGAAAUCUGAAUUUUGGGAAAAAAAACUCGGCAGUGAUAGAAUGCUUUAAUGAGCAGCAUACUUUCAAUAAGCCGCUGUUUAGGCUGGGAUCAUUUUUAGAGUCACCAGAAAUUCAUUUAGAAAGGCAGCAGUGUUUAAAUGCUUGUGGCCAGUGUUUUGCUGGUACCAAAUGUUAGAAUGUUUCAGGACAAUUGCUGCGUGUGACACUGUCUUACAUUAUCCAUCCUCUUAUUUCAUCCUUCCUUUGUAAAAAGCCAGCAAUUAUUGGAGACAGCUUUUGCUGUCACAACUUCUGCUUAUUUCUUAAUCUUCUUUUUCCCCAAUUGAAGCAUAAAGCACCAACAAAUCUUCUCCAUCCAUCUUGGUUAUGAGUAAGACAGCCAACUUUGUUUCAGGCAUUGCCCAUCACUUGACCUUGACAAUUCAUUGCUACAUACCCAGUGGCCUGACUGUCCCUGCCCUUGGUGGUGCACACCAUAGGCAGCAUGUGGAUGCCUUGUUUUACUCAUCUGCAGAAUGUAUCCCAGACCCUUUCAUCACCUUUGUUCACCUCCUCUGUGGUGAUGUUGAUAACCAUACAUCUUCUCAGUUUUUCAUUGGUAACUCACUGUUCCCAGGAAAUCGGAAAGUUUGAUGAAGGCCUUGUCCACUAAAGCCUUUGAGCUGGCUCUUGAUCUUCUUGUUGGUUCUCCUGGUUUUUGAGGCAUUUAGGAGAACUGAAUGGAUCUAGUGUAGAUAUUCAGUUUAAUAUUGGUCUUUAAGUGUGCUGAUCUCCAGAUAUCCUGCAACCUGUUGAAUACUUGUGAUGUGAGACUAGCUCAAGUGGAGAUUUCCUUUUGAUAUUGCUGUCAGCUGAGAUGUAACUACCAAGACACUUUAAGUCCUGCUUUUCCAUCCAACUGUACACCACAUACUUUAAUUUUUGCUUUGCUCUUGUUUUGACUUUCAUCACAGUGGUCUUGUGAGAAUGCAUCUUGGGAGUCACUCUUUUUGCCACCUUGUUGACACAGUCUUCUUCUGGAUGUCUUUUUCAACAUGUGAAAGCAGAGUGAUGUUGUCUGCAAAGUCAGUCUUCCAAUAAGACAGUCUCCAUUUAAACCCUCUUGGUCUUUUUCCAGCUGCUCUUUUUCGUCACCCAGUUGAUAAUGAGGAAGAGAAUUGGCGAGAUCAUGCAUCCCUGCCUGACUCCCAUCCUCACAUGGAACCACUCACUUUGCUGCUCAUCAUGAUGCACACAUUGUUGGUGUACAUGAACACGUAAGCUUCUAGUCAUGUAAUAAUUUCUAGCCGUCAAUAUUAGGGUGACAGUGAAGUCAGAUGAAUUUAUUAUUCUGUCUUAGUAAGCAUGCCUAGAAUUUUAGUAAUCUGUUAACAUUGUUAUUAUUUAUUAUUAUUUUUUUAUUUAUUUUUUUGUUCCUAGUCAUUCAGAUGGCAUGUUUGAAUUUAAGAGAUUAUUUUGCUUAUAAACGACAGUUUAUUUUAAGUCAUUUUUCACUUAGUCAACUUUUGGACAAACCAUCACAGAAGUUUCUAGAAACAGUGUAUAUAAGGCUUUAUUUUAUAUGGGGUAAAUCUUAUAUAUCACCCCAUGCUUAAACAGGAAACAAAAUUAAAUAGGACAUGGUUCCUUUGUACAGAUCAUCUUUAGGCCUUGUACCAAGAAAACACGUGAAGUAAGAAUGUCUGGCUAAAAUAGUAGAUGGUCAGAGGGCAUUAACACAUAACAGCAGCCACUCUCUAACAGUAUAUAUUACUAGUCAAAGUCAUGAACUUCUGCAAAAUGGGCAUUUGAAAUUUGUGAUGAAUCUCAGCUACUAAACGCAGUUACAUAUUUGAAUUGUGCGACCGAGUGAGACAGAAUUGACUUUUGUCCACAUUUUUUUUCACUUGGGUCUCUUGUGAAUAGGCAUAAAGAUUAUGUCUUAUAGAUAUGUAACAACUUCAAAGAUCAAUAUAAAAACUUUUCUCAACCUGCAUGUUCGUUUUUUGGUACUCUUACAAGACAGUAUGAAUGCUGUUAAAACAGCUAGAAAUUUGACACAACUGUUGAUAUUACAGAAUUUUGCAUCAGUGAAGAUCUUUAUAUCAAAUUUUAUUGUAGACUUGAACUUUGCAAUAUUUUUUGUUGUUGCAUGUCUCCUUUUAUUGAUGAUGCAACAGUUUCAGUGUUUUUGUAUAUGCUAUCAAUUUUAAUAAAUGCCAUGAUGGGUCAUUUUUAUGUGUUAAUAAAUCUGCUGAAAACAUGAUUAUGUGUAUGGAUGUAAUAAAGGCUUGUAACAAAGAAAUGGAAAAAUGGUUGCUAGACAAAGAGACUUCUAAAAAACACAUCCUGCAGUAUAUGAAUGGUAGUGAAAUACAAGUUUCACUUAAUUUCAAAAAAUAUUUUUUACACCAUUGUAUAUUGGAAAUUAAUGGUUGUUAGUACUUAAAGGAAAUGUGACUUGUACAUAGGUGCACAGCAUACAGUGAAGUACAGGGCAAGAUAUAUUGCUUCAGAUGAAGGAUGAAGCCUUCGUGAAGAGCUUAGGAUUCACUCAAGAAUAUUGUGAUGUGUAUUCUUUUGACUUAUUUUGUACCAUAUGAGAGUUUACUUUUAUAUGUGCAAAGUUAUUAAAGUAAUAAAAUAUAAAACACAAAAA